AUGAACUAUCCCCCGUACGGACACAACCCCAAUUCCUAUGGAUACAAUGGGGACGUGUUCGCCAACCCUCCCGGUCAGAAUGGCCCUCAACAUAGCGGAAUGCUGGGCCAGCGUCAACAUGUCUCUCAUCCGCAACCUCUUCAUUCCCACAAUCAAUUUCAUAGGGGCUCUCCUGGUCAGCUGUCUAGCCGUGGCGCUACCUUCGGAAUCGAGCCUUCUAUGAAUAUUGUGCCCGACAUUCUGCGGGUUCCGUCCAUGCAGCAAAAGUGCACCAACAACUACCCUCAAUCGCCCAAUCACUUCCCUACUGGCUUCAUUGCAUCCAGCAGCACAACCUUGGCCCCCUACUCUCGCGGCCCUCCCCAUAAGCAGGAUCUUGCCGAUCAGAACGCUACCAUGCACUGGAAUGAUGCCAGCCUCGCGACUGGCACUUCCUAUGGCGGUCCUAUUAGCCCAGCUCCUCCCCAUGUCUCCAGGGCCUCUUACCAGAGCCCUACUCCUCUCAUUCAAGAGCCUCCAACUCCACACAAUACAGCAGAAGAUGCAACCAUGGGGCUAGCGUCCGAUGCCACAACCACCUUUACCCCCACGACAGUCAUGCCAUUGGAGACCCAGCCGGGCCAUUCCAGUAGCCACACCAGCUCAUCCAACAGGACCGCGCGUGUUGUGUCUCCGGUUCAACAGGCCGCUGCCAAUGCGCCGUCGGUCGGAAGCAGUUCCGCGACCAAAGCUACUAUCAGUGAUGGUCGGGCACCGGCUCCUGGCUACACCCCUGACCGGGCUCAGGUUCCGGAUCAGAAUCAGGCUCAAGACCAGGCUCAGGCUCAAGGCGAGAGCCAGACUCGGAAUCGGAGUGCGAAGAACAGCAAGUCAAGCCGCAAUACCGGCGCUAGGGCUGUCAGAAGACCCCAGUCCGACGUGGACCGAUUGACACGUCUGAUCGAAUAUCAGUUUGAACAAGGCUUCAAACGUCUGGGGCUACGUGCUGAGCCACGUGAAAGCGAGAGGAAGGACAACAGCCCAGCAAGAACACAACGAACCGCCAAAUCUGUCAAGGUCAAGAUCGAGCCACCCAAUGCCCUUGCUGCCUUUGACCAACACCGGAGCGCCAUCCUCGGCCAACUAUCCACGCAUGACUCGGUGUACUCACGAGUCGAUAAAAUCGAGCGGGGAAAAGAAAAGGAAGUCAUGUGGAUUACCUUCAAGAACCUCUCGGAUGCUCAGGCCUUUAAGCCAAACGCUGCACAUCUAACAGCCGCGACGAAUGUGACUGUCACCAAUUUCGUCCUCUACCCCGAGUUCUAUUGGGUUAGGGCCACAUUGCACGGCAAGAAGAUUACACGUGAGAUGAUCCAGGACGAUUCGGGUUUGCGUUGGUUCGAGGAUUUUGGUAUCUACCAUACGAUGUUCAAACCAGCGGUCAACGGAAACGCGGUCUGGCUUCGUUUCACUGAUUCGACCGUGGCGUGGAAACUAAUCGAAACUGCCGAACAACAAGGAGACGACCUUCGCAUCGACUUCUGCUCAGCCAAGAUCGAGGCUGUUGAUGUACGCUUGAAGCCCUUUUACUGUUACAAGUGUUACGAGCCGGGUCACAUGGAGAAUCAGUGCAACCAACUGCACUCUACUUGUGGGAAAUGCGCUGGUCAGCACAAGACAUCCGAGUGCGCCCCAGGGACCAAGUUCCGGUGUCCCAAUUGCGGAGAUGAACACCCUGCCUGGUCCCCGCAAUGUCAAGAUUCUGAGCGAAUGAAGAUGCUGGCACGUUGUGCUACCUUUGGCAUAGAUGAGCCGUUCUGGGCACGGGAUAUGCGCCAGGCACAAGGCUCAAGCAGCAGGAGUUGCUACCAGACGAGUUGA